GUUGUAAAACAAGUGAAGAAGGUUGCAUUCAGAGAGUUUCCACACUUAGAGGGGCUUGAAGCUCUAGUUGAUGCAGAAAAUGUUGGGUCUCAAAGAGUGCUGGAGAAGGCAGGUUUCCAAAAAGAGGGAGUACUAAGAAAAUAUUUGUUCCGCAAGGGAAAAAGCAGAGACACGAUCAUUUUCUGUGUUCUAUAAACUGAUCUUGAUCACCAAGUUUGAGUAAACAAAAAAAACCAGUUGAAAGAUCAAUUCAAAGCAUAAAGAUGAGUGAAGGGGUUUCUUGCAAAGAAGAGAGUAAGAGUAUUGAUCUAACUAGGAUCACUCUUCGAGAAACGGAUCUUUCUGAUGUGGAAGAUCACAUGGUGUGGUCAAGCGAUGCAAAGGUGACAGAGUUCUGUACUUGGGGGCCAUACACCAGCAAAGAAGAAGCCAUAGACUUCAUCAAUGGGAUACCAAACAUAUUUUCAUGGUAUAGGGCCAUCUGCCUUGACAAUCAAGCAAUAGGGUCGGUUUCUGUGUGCUUGCAAAGAGAUAGAUACAGAGAAAAAGUAGCUGAAGUCGGAUAUAUUCUGGCUUCAGAGUACUGGGGAAAAGGGAUUGUUACACAUGUUCUAAAGCAAGUUGUUAAGAUUGUAUUCAGCAUGUAUCCUCAGGUAGAAAGGCUUGAAGCUCUCACUGACAAUGAGAAUUUGGCGUCUCAAAGGGUUUUGGAGAAAGCUGGUUUCCAAAGAGAGGGUGUUCUUAGGAAUUAUGUGUAUGUUAAGGGCAAAAGCAGAGAUGUGGCCAUUUAUAGUUUUCUUCCAAAUGAUCUUCACUCAGAAUUUGCUUCUCUCAAGCUUUAACUACCUCUGCAUGUUAAUCUACAAAACAAAGAGUUUGAGUCUUGAAGACUUGAAGCUCUAUAGUGUUCGAUGAUAUGUUCAAUAUUUAUUUUUGUCUUUUUGUAUUCGGUUAAAUUAAUGCCAUUGGCUAGGCAAUCUUUAUGUUUC